UGCUGCUUCAGCUGUUGGACUCUCUGGAAAGUCCUCACCGCGUUCAUCCCGGGCGGAUUUGGGGGAGCCAGGGCGCUCGUAGAUCGCGGGGAGCCACAGAAUGACCGCAGAGCAGCGGCAGAAUCUGCAAGCAUUCAGAGACUAUAUCAAGAAGAUUCUGGACCCCACCUACAUCCUCAGCUAUAUGAGUUCCUGGCUCCGGGAUGAUGAGGUGCAGUGCAUUCAGGCCGAGAAGAACAACAAGGGCCCAAUAGAGGCCGCCUCACUGUUCCUCCGGUACCUGUUGGAGCUGCAGACAGAGGGCUGGUUCCGGGCCUUUUUGGAUGCCCUGUACCAUGCAGGUUACUGUGGACUUUAUGAAGCCAUCGAAACUUGGGACUUUCAAAAACUUGAAAAGUUAGAGGAACACAGAUUACUCUUAAGACGUUUAGAGCCGGAAUUUAAGGCCACAGUUAGCCCGACAGAUAUCCUUUCUGAAAUAUCUGAAUGUUUGAUUAAUCAGGAAUGUGAAGAAAUCAGACAGAUCUGCUUCACUAAAGGGAGGAUGGCGGGUGCGGAGAAGAUGGUCCAAUGUCUUCUCAGAUCCGAUAAGGAGAACUGGCCAAAGGUUUUGCAGUUUGCUUUGGAGAAAGACAACAGCAAGUUUAGUGAACUGUGGCUCGUCGAUAAAGGACACAAGCGGGUUGACUGUAAGGCUGUUGAGGAUGACGGAACAGAAAUGGCCAGCAUACAGAUUUUCAUUCAGGAAGAACCGGAGUGUCAGAAUCUCAGUCAGAAUCCCGGCCCUCCUUCAGAAGCGUCUCCUAAUAAUUCACACAGCCCAUUGAAACCAAGAAAUUACCAACUGGAGCUUGCCCUGCCUGCCAAGAAAGGGAAAAAUACAGUAAUAUGUGCUCCUACUGGUUGUGGAAAAACCUUUGUGUCGCUUCUCAUAUGCGAACAUCAUCUUAAAAACUUCCCGCACGGACAGAAAGGGAAAGUGGUCUUUUUUGCUAACCAAAUCCCUGUGUAUGAACAGCAGGCCACUGUGUUCUCACGAUAUUUCGAAAGAUUUGGGUACAGUGUCGCCGGCAUUUCGGGGGCUACAGCUGAUAAUAUCUCAGUGCAGCACACCAUUGAAAGCAAUGACAUCAUCAUCCUGACACCCCAGAUUCUUGUGAACAGUCUCAACAAUGGAACCAUCCCCUCGCUGGCUGUCUUCUCGCUGAUGAUAUUCGACGAGUGUCAUAACACCAGCAAACACCACCCGUACAACCAGAUCAUGUUCAGAUACCUAGACCACAAACUCGGAGGGUCAGCGGACCCGCUGCCUCAGGUCAUUGGGCUGACGGCCUCUGUCGGUGUUGGAGAUGCUAAAACCGUGGAGGAAGCCAUGCUGCACAUCUGCAAACUCUGUGCUGCCCUCGAUGCCUCAGUGAUUGCCACAGUCAGAGACAAUGUGGAAGAACUGGAGCAGGUCGUUUAUAAGCCUCAGAAAAUUUCCAGGAAAGUGGAAUCACGGGCUUCAAACACGUUCAAAUGCAUUAUAUCUCAGCUGAUGAAGGAGACAGAGAGGCUGGCAAAGAACGUCUCUGAGGAACUUGGAAAGUUCUUUCAAAUUCAAAAUCGAGAAUUUGGCACCCAGAAAUAUGAGCAGUGGAUUGUCGCCGUUCACAAAGCGUGCACGGUGUUUCAGAUGCCUGACAAAGAUGAAGAGAGCAGGAUCUGCAAGGCGCUCUUUCUGUACACCUCCCACCUGCGGAAAUACAACGACGCCCUCAUCAUCAGCGAGGAUGCGCAGAUGAAAGACGCUCUAAAUUACCUCAAAGCCUUCUUCCACGAUGUCCGAGAAGCAGCAUUUGAUGAGACUGAGCAAGAUCUUACGCGGAGGUUUGAAGAAAAACUGGAGGAACUAGAAAAAGUUUCCAGGGAUCCCAGCAACGAGAAUCCCAAACUAAGAGACCUCUACUUGAUCUUACAAGAAGAGUACCACUUAAAGCCGGAGACCAAGACCAUCCUCUUUGUGAAGACCAGAGCACUUGUGGAUGCUUUGAAGAAAUGGAUUGAAGAAAAUCCUGCACUGAGCUUUCUAAAACCUGGCAUACUGACUGGACGUGGCAGAACAAACCAGGCAACAGGAAUGACGCUCCCGGCACAGAAGUGUGUGUUGGAGGCAUUCAGAGCCAGUGCGGAUAACAAUAUUCUGAUUGCUACCUCGGUCGCUGAUGAAGGCAUUGACAUUGCUCAGUGCAAUCUUGUCAUCCUGUAUGAGUACGUGGGCAACGUCAUCAAGAUGAUCCAAACCAGAGGCAGAGGAAGAGCACGAGAUAGCAAGUGCUUCCUCCUGACCAGCAGCGCUGAUGUGGUUGAAAAAGAAAAGGCGAACAUGGUCAAGGAAAAAAUAAUGAAUGAGUCCAUCUUAAGACUGCAGACAUGGGAUGAAAUGAAAUUUCAAAAGACGGUUCACCGCAUACAGCUGGAUGAAAAACUCCUCAGGGACAGUCAACACAAACCACAGCCUGUCCCCGCCAGAGAAAACAAGAAACUGCUGUGUGGAAAGUGCAAGACUUUUGCGUGCUACACAGCUGACAUUCGAGUGGUCGAGAAAUCCCACUACACUGUGCUUGGAGAUGCUUUUAAGGAGCGCUUUGUGUGUAAGCCACACCCUAAACCAAAGAUCUAUGAUAGUUUUGAGAAGAAAGCAAAAAUAUUCUGUGCCAAACAGAACUGCAGCCACGACUGGGGGAUUUUUGUGAGAUACAAGACGUUUGAGAUUCCAGUCAUAAAAAUCGAAAGCUUCGUUGUGGAAGAUAUUGAGAGUGGAGUUCAGAACCGGCACUCAAAGUGGAAGGACUUUCAUUUUGAAAGAAAACAGUUCAAUCCCGAAGAAAUGUCCACAUGAUCUCGGGCUUCUCACUCUCACGCUAUAGGGAGCCAUGCCUUAAGUGUGGAAGCGACCAGCCAAUGCGUUCUUACCCAAGCUUGCACAAUCCUUUCUUACACAAGCUUGCACUGUGUUGAGUGCCAGGUAACCUGACCUGUUUGCUCUAAGCUGUUUCUGUCCACACAAAGUGCGAACUGCAGCUCCGAAUGCUUUGUUCACCAAUAACUCUUAGCACUCGGCGAUGGUGGGGAGGGUUGAAAGUUUUCCCUUUUACAUUUUUCAGAACUGCCCACCAGAGAAUGCACAGCUACUCGGUACAUCGAGACGCAUGAUGACUGGCGCUAAGUUUCCCGUACUCUCUCUUUGCUCUACCUGCCGUAAGCUGCCUUUCGCCCUUAAUAAUCCACUGACUUAGUUCUUAUCCAGGCCACCACACUCACAGAUCCAGCCGUACUCUACUCUGUCCCUUGCGUUGACUCCCUUCCAAAUUUGAUCCUGCCACCCUGCCGCCCUCUGCAGAUUCUCCUGGUUUCCAUCCCUUCUCAGUCUUUCCCACUGAUUUCUUUGCUGACACAAAUUUGGGAUUUCAAGGUUCAAUAUGCACAACAUGUGUUUUAAAAUGACAUACUUUUAAGAUGUGAAAGACUUUAGUUAAUAGCUUACUACUACUACACUUACUGAGAAGGUAUUUCUGUUCUGUUCAUUUACUAUACAUCUUACUCUAAUCUGUUCUUUGAAUUUGGGCCAUUUAUCCUCCUUGAAUAGAUAUCUUAAACCAUCUCAUCUGUAUGUCUGUCCCCUACCUGUUUGAGACAGGAUCUCUCUGUAGACCAGAAACAUGAUAUGUGGACCAUGCUGGCCGUAAACUCACAGAUUCCCCCCACCUCAUAAGUGCUGAAAUUAAAAAUUUUCACCAGGCCUGGCUCUGGCUAUUUUCAAUAAAGGCUGAUGUUUAACAUUUGAAUAUUUCCAGUUCAUCCCCUAACAUGGCUUGUUGUUGUUCUUUUUGAGACACUGUUCCUACGUGUAGCCCUGGCUCUGUAGACCAGGCUGCCCUUGAUCACAGAGGGCUGUCAGCUCCUGCCUCCUGGGCGCUGGGACUGAAGGCCUACAUCACCAUGCCUGGCUUUCUUCUUAAGCCUUAUGUAUUCAAACGGCAUUUCCAUGUGUCUUCACGGGGUUUGUUAAUGCUUCAAAGAGCUUAGUUUUUUCAGAUCAAGAGACAGGUGUCUGAAGGGCUGUUACUGCUAACAGACCAAGGCGCUCCAGUUCAGCGAAGGAAUCGUACUGGUUUUGAAGGCAUACAGUGGUUUUAACACUUUCUUAAAACUUACAAUUCACUAGGGCCAUCAAUGGCCUAAACAAAACUGCAGAGAUCACAUGGCCACAUAACCCUUUUUACAUGGCAUUUACAUCUGAAGACUAUCCCAAGACCACCCAGAGCAGAGGGGUCACCCAAACUACCCAGAUCAACCCUGGAGGUCAACAGAAUGACCACUUACCAAAUAUGCCUAGAGAAAUUAACCAGCAACUAACUCUUUGGGGGAAAAAAACCUAUAGGGAUUAGGCUUUUAAUUGAUAGGUGGAAAAGAUGAUACGUAGUAGUUCUUGAUAAUGGUUAUUGAUAAAAUUCUUAGUAAGUGCAAUAAAAUGGACUAAAUGAA